AUGGCGUCUUCCGACCAGUCCCUGUCGCUCCGCCCCAAAGGCUCAGAUAUUCCCCAUCCACUCCCUAGUCUGACUGAGCAUGAGCUCGGCCUCAGAUUGAUUUCUACUACCGAGCUGUCGACUGAGAUACAGACCUAUGAUCGUGCAUUCAUCAUGCGCGCCGAACAGGCGGCUCUCAUUCUGAUUGUAGAAAAGAGAGAGUUCGAGCACGACGACGGUCUACUAUCGACAGAGAAUUGGACACCUCCAGACCUGAAAAAGCGAUUGGAGAAUGCCUCCCCGUUUUGCAAGCAUUAUAUGCUUCACCUCAACCCCGAUAAUCUCAAACGUGACGCCUGGCGACACGCGCUGUAUCGAGCGCCGCUUGCAGCGCCAGCCUUUACCCAUGAACUCAUUUGCAAAGCCGACUGGUACACACUCAAGCAAUCGAUGUGGUACGAACUACGAUUUCAGACCAAGUCACAUCUCCAAGAUCUCUCUGACCCUGUGGAGGAGAUCGCCAAAUGUCGGAAACGCGAUAAGGACGUCUGUGCGGUAACAGGAAACCGUGACCCUGUAGUCUUCUUGUUCGUCCCGCGCAUUUGGAAUGACACCAAGGAUCACAAUGAUGCCACGGGCAACCUAGCGGAUUCAAGCCUGGAUGUGGCCGAUGUUGAUAUUCUGGGUAAUAUCCUUAGCGGAAAGGAGCUUGGUAAAACCCAUAAAGCCUGGAAUAUGCUGCUCGUUGACCCGGAUCUGUAUGCAUGCCUCGUCCAGGGUCUCUGUGCGUUCAAGUUUGAGGCGAUUGAGGAGAUUCAGAAACCCACCCUACACGACAAUGAUCGAGAUGAUGAUCGCAAUGGCGAGAAUGUCCAUAUCGUAUUGCGGUUCUAUUGGAUGCCCAAGUUGACACCACGAUUCAACCAAGUAGCCACCGUGGAAGACAUGAAGACCAUCGCAACAGAAUUCAAUGAUUUUGUUGCCCUGGGCUGUCCCCCACCGAAUGGCUGUCCUAAGACUCUUACGACACUGAAAUCGGGUGAUCUUGUCCGAUUGUUGAGAACAAGUAAAGAAGAAGCGCAAAAGCUCAAGUCCGCAGUUAAGAUUCACUGGAACUGUAUACUGUAUACAGCUCUUUGCGGUGGUGUCGGGCUUGCUCAUUUUAUGACUGGCAUGGACCAGAGCGACGGGUCCUUGCAGCUCAGGGACGAAGAAUACCGACAGGAGGCGGCGCGGGACCUACGCCUCGGAAAGACCUUAACUAGGACUAUUGGGAAUUGGUUAGAAGGAGCUGCAAGCGUCUUUUCAAAGACGGCUCGGUCAACUGUCGCUGGUGCCAGCUCAUUGAACAGCAAGGCUGUGUCGGAUAAUGGUAAAGGAUCCAGCUCAGACGAGGCUGGGUCGGCCGGAGGUGAACAGUCAUCUGAGAAGUGA